UGAAUCGUCUCGUGCACGCCCGCAUAACGCACAAGUGAUAUCGUGAUUGGGUGAUGACGCUCAUGGAAUGCUUGCACGCCAUGCCGCAGAUGCAGGUCAAGGAAUAGACGAUGCCUGUCUCCUAGCGAAGCUCUUGGGUCGCCCACAAGAAACCCAUCGAGCAGUCGACGCAAUCCAAAUAUAUGCUGCUGUCCAGUGGACGAGCUUUACGAUAUGUGGUAUUACGUCUGGGGCCGACCAACAAGCGCUGGUUUUGAAGAAGCCAAUCGAAUCUUAGUGAGUAAAGCCCGCUUUGAGCGACGUGGCUGUCAUUUAAGUUUGCAUUUCCCAAGGUGCCGCUGGCGUACUCGUUGGGGAUGGUGCUGUGGCGCUGAGGUCAUGCGCCCGUAUAGACAGCUACCGUUCUACCUGCUCGCGGCGAUACUGACCGUGGCUUCACCAGACGCCCCCAACCGCGAUAGCACCCAAAAUUGAGAGCUCGUGUCCUCUCUAGGAAGUAUUCAAAUGCCAUCCUAUUCGC